AUGUCGGACCUCUCAGGUUCGCGUUCUCCGGUCCCUCCCCCUCCUCCCCCUCCGCCACAAAAGUACUCGAACCGGGCUGCCAGUGCCCUUGCGAGGUUCGCGCCCUUCUUCGGCUCGAGGCCUCCCAGUCCACAAAGCAGUCGCGCAGAUGGCCCCCGAUCAAUCAGAUCCAAAUCGCUACCAGGAGAACCGCAGACUGUUACUCAUAAAACAGGGAUAGCUAUCACGGCUUUGGACAUAUCGCCUGAACGGACACAUGCGGUAAUCGCGGGCAAGGAGAUUCUCAAAACUAUCCGCGUCUCGCCCGACCACUCCUCGGAAGAAUUUAAUAUUCGAAAUGCGCUCAUCAGCUAUGCAUCCACCCAUCAUGAAGCGGGUGUUUCGAUGCCACACAAAGAUCAAUUGAAUGUGAAGGACGUCAAAUGGUCACAUGGGAACUUCGACCGGACAAUCGCAACUGCAGUCGCAAAUGGUCGGAUUGUCGUCUACGACCUGCAGCGGCCCGGCCUCCAAUUAUGUCGUUUCCAAGGCCACAACCGCCAGGUUCAUAGGCUCGCCUUCAACCCCCAUUUCCCUUCUUGGCUCUUGUCUGGCAGUCAAGAUGGCACUAUUCGGAUGUGGGAUCUGCGCGCCGCCUCUGCGAAUCGGAGCAGUUCCACAUGCGGCAGCAAGCAUGUGUAUCAGGGCAAUAGCGAUACCAUCCGGGAUGUCCGGUGGUCUCCCAGUGAUGGGGUCGUGUUUGCGACCGCCUCGGACAGCGGCGCCAUCCAGAUGUGGGAUUAUCGCAAGGGCAAUGCACCGUUGAUGAGAAUCGCCGCUCACGAUCGGCCAUGUUUCGCCGUGGACUGGCACCCCGACGGGAAGCACAUCGUCAGUGGUGGCACAGACCGCCAGGUAAAAGUUUGGGACUUCUCUUCAUCUGCAGAGCGACGGCAGAAACCUGCGUUUCAGUUCCGAACACCCCAGGCGGUUAUCAAUGUGCGAUGGCGGCCUCCCUCCUGGGUCGGUGAGUCACCUGCCUCGGGAGAAUGGCAAUCAUCUCAAAUCGUCACGUCCUACGAUAAGGAAGAUCCGCGCCUUCACCUUUGGGACCUUCGACGCCCGCAUGUCCCAUUCCGCGAAUUUGAUCGGUACGACUCCCCCGCAUCAGACCUGCUGUGGCGAUCAAAAGACCUCCUGUGGACUGUCGGUGAGGCCGGAGCCUUUACACAGACCGAUGUACGGUAUGCGCCAGCCGUGAUCAAUCGCCGACCGAUGUGCUCGGUCGCCUGGAGUCCUAAUGGCGAGUUCGUUGCGUUUGGCCAGAAGCGGCCCAGGCGACGUCCCUUGGGAAUAAAUGCCGCUGAAUUUCUACUCCAUGAAGAAGAUGAGGAUAGUACCGGUGAGAAAUCAUUGGGUCAAAGUCCCGCAGAUGAUAUUAUCGACGAAGCAGCUUUAGCUACUUCUCUUCGUCAUCAGCAUACAAAAUCAGCCCCGAUUCGACCAUCCAAGUCGCUGGGCAGUACCCCACCUGGGGCAGUGGAUUUCAUUUCGGUGCUGCCUCUUGAACAAGCCCUGGCCAAGAUAGCGACCCCUGCGCCCAGUCAGUUGGGAACCAUUGCCACUAUCCCAGGUGCUACGAAUGACCCAGUAGUCUUCCGGUUUCUAGCAAGCAACUACACCCCGUUGAUGGACGAUUACCGUGAAACGAGGACCCAGGCUGAUAUUCUGCACUCUUUGAUCGAGUCCUUGGAUCACAAUGCUGAGUGUGCAGAUGAGGUUUCGCUGACCAAGGUGGCCCAGACUUGGAGAAUAGUCAAAUUUGCUAUUCUUCAGGAGCUCCAGCGCCGAGCAAGAGAGCAACCGGCCAAAGGUGGUCUUAGGGACAGAACAUCUAAAGAUGGUACCUUGGCAGACAGGUCGCGCGAAGAUGGUCGACACGACAGGGCCAAAAAUCGAUUGUUUAAAGGGGUCAUGGAAGCAGUACCCGAGGUUGAAAGCACCUCGAACAUGACGACCCCUCUUGCAAAACCAUUGCCAGAUUCCCCGGCAAUGGACUCCUGGUCUAGCACUGAUGAUUCUCAUAUACCCUCACUAGAUGAUAGGGCUCUCGACAUUGAUCCUCUACCCCCAUCGGUCCUGAGUUCUCACAAUGGCUGGGGAAUGUCAGACCCUGACGCUCGUCAUGUAUCCAAUCCACAUGUGCAAGUAUCAUCCAUUGAUGAUGCCCGUCUAUCAGAGCACCUACGAAAUCCGGCACAUGAAGAUUUGGACAAUGACCAACGGUCUGCACCUCGGGCUAUUGCUGGCAAAGCAGAUUGGCGCCGUCAUGGUCACCCAAGCUUCCCCAGGGAAAUCUCAGAAGAUGACUAUGACCAAGAGCUGGAGGACAAACGUGCAGCCAUUCGUGAUUUCAGGCAAUACCCUAAAAAGCCCUUGAAUCUCGAGUCAACAAUUGAAUCUAGUCGGCCUCCCCCAACCGAGCGAUAUGGCCGGCACGACUCUUCAGAGAGUUUUCCCAUGUUCUCUACAUCAACAGACAGCUCGCAUCCAUCGAGAUCUUUCGCUGCAUCGUACUCGUCCAAUGGGCAGCUUGAUGUAUCCAGAUUGCCGGACGCUGGCCAAUCCUCUACGAUGAGAAGAGGAUCGAAUCUAGCUUCAACGCGUGAGGAAUCCGACGAUGAGCUUUUCGAACAAGUUGAUUCAGACACGGGUCGACUGCAUCUCCAGCGCCCUUCCAGUCCUCCUCCUUUGAUCAAGGAGUCCACCCCGCUUGUGCCACUGGAAGAAACAUUAUCCCCAGGCGACACAAAUUACAGGGGUACGGCGCCUUAUUCAGCAAAUGACGAUAUUUCACGGAUAAAGAUUCCACUUAUGCCGGAUGGGACAGAUUUGAAGCCGUGGAGUAUUGAAGCGAUCCUGAAAGAAGCAGUUCGUUAUUAUCACAGCAGCAGUAGUUCCGUUGAUAUUCAGACAGCGGCCCAUCUUCUUCAGAAGCUCCACGUUCUUUUCCGCGACUGCGAGCAAAUCUUGCCAUACGAAGAAUGUGAAAUGGUCUUCAAAACAUACAACGAGCACCUAAUCCGGCACUCGAUGGACUUGGAGGCAGCAGAGCUCCGUCUGUCGUGUGUAUCAUCCUAUCCUGCCGUUUACGACUACGCGCAGACAGACUCCUUUAUAAAUGUAUAUUGUUACACCUGUCAACGGCCCUUUGAGAACCCCAAGCAAGACAACACCCGCUGCUAUCGCUGCAGUACACCCCAAGCGCCCUGCUCCAUUUGCAUGUGCCUUGAACCACCACCAGAAUGGGCCACAGAGCGAAAACAAGCACAACCCACCUCCUCCACCAUCACAAGCCCGAACUCAGACUCUGAAACGACCUCCCACACCUCAACCCAAUCCUCCGUCCCCACCGAGCCGGUCUCAGAUUCGGAAAUGGAUAAUUUCGCACCCUUCUCAGCGCCCCGACCAAAGGGCUCCGCAGUCUGGACCUGGUGUCAAGGCUGCGGCCACGGCGGCCACCUAGCCUGCAUAACAACCUGGCUAGGCGACAUAACCAUCAGCGAAGGCGGAUGCGCCACAGCAGGCUGCAUGCACGACUGCGGCCCAGGUCCACGCCGCGAACUAAAUCGUCAAACUCUCCAGGCAGAGUCCAAGCGCCGCGAUUCUGCGAGUCGCUCUGCCGGUGCUGGCCUCGUCAAGCGGGAUCCUUGGACCAAGGGCGAAAGUAAAGCCGUGGAGAAGGUUCGCGGUAUGCUUGGCGUUGCUGGUGUUGCUGCUGCUACUGGUGGUAGUGGUGCUGGACCUGUCACGUCGACGAAUACUACUGCUACUCCGACGCCCGUUUCAUCGGGUGCUAUGUCGCCCAAGCGGGUUAGGCUUGUUACGCCCACUGAGCAGGAGCAGGAGUAUGGCGCUUCUGCUCGUGUGGGCAUUACUUCGAGGGAAUAG